UCAAAUCCAUUUUAGUAAAACUUUAUUAUACUAUCUCUAUGUCUUUGAAUAGAAAAUCCUUUAUCGAUAUAGGUUUUAUUCCUGAGUUGUGUUCCUUGUAUUUUAGAUUUUGUGGUUCAGUGAACUUAGUCAUCUGUUUAUGAUCAUACUGGAAACAUGCUAGUAUUACUACAAUGUCCUUGUUGUAAAUAAUUAGUGAUAUUUGAAGCAUCAACAUUCCGUGAUUUCUGCUACAGACUAUGAUAACUCGUUAGUUCCCUUAUUUAUUACGAUUAAUGAAUACUUUCGUAAUGAUUGGUUAAUGUUAAAUGUGGUAUGGCACUUGUUACAAUUCGACGUUCCCCGAGCGUGCAAACACCAAGGAAAUCGGAUGAGACAGAAAAAUCAACAGAAAAUCUUGAAGAGGAUGUUGGUAACCGUGUCAGCAAGAGCCUCAAUGAGUGUUAUUUUGCGAACAAGGGAGCGGCGUUGGUACUGGGCGGGUCGGAGUGUGGCUGCGCAGACCAGCGCCGGGCGUCGGCGCGAGCUCAUCCCCAACCUGAUAUACAACAUCAUCUGCAGUCCAUGUUCUACCUGCUGCGCCCCGAGGAAACGCUCAAAAUGGCGGUGAAAUUGGAGAGCGCUCAUGCAGGGCGCACCAGGUAUUUGGUUGUGGUGUGCCGUAGCGAGGAGGCGGCACUCCUCGGUAUUGACUGCAACGAGCGCACCACUGUCGGCCUAGUGCUGAGGGUCCUUGCGGAUACGUCCAUCAAACUCGAUGGUGACGGAGGGUUUAGUGUGCGCGUGUGCAACGAACAACACAUAUUCAAGCCAGUGUCAGUACAGGCCAUGUGGUCUGCUCUACAGACCCUGCACCGUGCCAGUAGCCGCGCCCGUGCGUUGAAUCACUUCGCGGGCGGAGCGUCGCAUGCAUGGUGCGCACACUACGAGGAGCACAUCGACUCGGACCGCUCCUGCCUCAACGAGUGGCAUGCGAUGGACUGCAUUGAGUCCCGGCGGCCACCGUCACCGGAUUCGGUCAGGCUGAAGCCUCGAAAAAGAGACGAAACAGAGCGCGUUAUCCGAUGUACAUUGAAAGAAAUAAUGAUGAGCGUUGAUAUAGAUGAAGUAACAAGCAAAGUGAUCCGCGGACGGCUAGAGGACGAAUUAGAUAUGGACCUUGCCGAAUACAAGUCGUUUAUAGACCAAGAGAUGCUCACUAUAUUAGGACAGAUGGAUGCACCCACUGAGGUGUUCGAUCACGUCUACCUUGGUUCUGAGUGGAACGCCAGCAAUCUUGAAGAAUUACAACGAAACGGUGUAAGGCACAUAUUAAAUGUGACAAGAGAGAUUGACAAUUUUUUCCCAGGUAUGUUCCAUUACCUAAAUAUAAGAGUGUAUGACGACGAUAGAACUGACCUUCUUAAACAUUGGGACAACACAUACAAGUAUAUAAACAAAGCCCGGAAUGAAGGUUCGAAAGUACUCGUCCAUUGUAAAAUGGGCAUCAGCAGAUCCGCUUCCGUUGUAAUCGCUUAUGCAAUGAAGGCAUUCAACUGGAACUUUGAGAAGGCUCUAAAGCAUGUGAAAGCGAAAAGAAAUUGUAUAAAACCGAACACAAACUUCUUAAGUCAACUAGAGACUUACCAAGGAAUACUUGAUGCCAUGAAGAACAAAGAAAAAUUGCAAAGAUCGAAAUCGGAAACCAAUUUGAAAUCGCCAAAAAAUACUUCGAAAGUAGAGAGUAAAAUAUUGGAUCCGACACCUCUAGUCCUGGCAUUGACUGGUUCUUAUAUUGGUAGGCCGCAUUCAUGGUCUCCGGAUAGCAAACUGGCUUCCGAGCUGUUGCCGCCUACCUCUGUCUCUCUAGAAAACCUAGUCUAUGAAACUCGACAUAUAUUAAUGCCCUAUGCAAAUGGAACUUACAGUGUAUCACCUAAUCAGAUUAUAAGGCUGAAAGAGGAAGGAGCCCCAUCAGUGAAACAUAUUGUAAAUGAAAUAGAGAACGCAGCGUCCAGUGAACGUCGAGAUUUCAAUAAAAGACAUCCGAGAUCGAACACUGGAAAUCAAACUGAUUCAUCUAGUGUAAGAUCAUCUGAUGGUUCGGUAGCCCCCGUAUUGCAAAUGUCUGACGCACCUAGUAAACAGCAACCUCAGGCAUCAUCACCGUCAAAAAAUUUAAGUCACAAAUAUUCCCAUUCAAAUUUAGAAGACGACAAAAUACAUACUUGGGAUCCCGGGGAAGCUUCGUGGUCCAGGGUAGAGGACAAUCGGAAUACAAGUGACAGUGAUAAUAUAGUAAAAAGUGAUAGUGGUAUAAUCGACGUAAAGACAAAAACGAGUGACGCUUUUUUAAAUUUAGUAGACCGUAAUAUAGAGAGCGAGGAGAAGAGAGCGGUCGACGAGGACGCGCCGCCGCCCAGCAGACAGAGUUCGUGGAGUUCGUUCGACAGCGCCGUGGUGCCCGACCUGUCGCGGCAUUCGUCCUGGGGCUCGUACGAGACGCGCGGCAGGGCGCCGGUCGCCCGCGACGACGCACCCAAGCGCGGCAAGGAGGCCGCCCGCCGCGACGACGAGCGGCCCGCGGUAGAUCUCGGCAGUAUCAGCGAGCACGCGGAGCCGCGCCGCGCGCCCCGCGAGCCCCGCGACAUAGCCGACAACGUGCGCAAAUUCAACGAAACGUGUGCCAUACUGGGUGAGCUGGCAGAGGUGGCGGCGCGAAUGGAGAGCGCGCGCGACCGCGGCGCGUCCACGUGGAGCGGGCGGCUGUCGGCCUCCGCGCCCGCCGCCAACGCCGCGCGCGCCGGCCUGCGCCGCCGCCGCACCGCCUGCGCCUCGCACGGCGACUUGCCGCGCGCCGCGCUCGCACCGCCGGCCGCGCGCGCCCCCGCCGCGGCCGGGCUCGUCAGCAACCUCAAAAAGGAAUUCGAGGCACGUUCCGAGGCGGACGCGGUACGCCGCUCGCGGUCGCGGGGCCGCGCCGGGCCCGCCGCGCCCGCCGCGCCCGCACCCGCACCCGCACCCGCGUCGCCGCCGGCCGGCGAGGACGUGUCGGUGCGCGUGCUGGUCGACCGGUACGACCGGCCGGGCCGCGCGCGCUGCGAGUCCGUCUCCAAGAAGUGCCGGCUGGCGGAGGGCCGCGGGCCGCCGCUGCGCAACUCGUUCUGCGGCGCGCUGCGCACCGGCUGCGGCCCGGAGCGGCCGCCGCUGGCGCCCACCGUCGUCUCGAUCGCGCCCAUCGACUACUCCAACAUGGUGGUUUCGUCUGUGAUGUCCAAAGCUCAAAAUAAAAAACAAUUGCAACACGGAAAGACCCAUCCGUUGACGAGGCUCAACUUGAAUCGGUCGAAUAAUAGAUGUUCAAAUCCUGUAUAUAAUACUAUGUAGAAGUAUUUAUGGUUUUUAUUUAUUAUAAAUUCUUGCCAAACUCGAUGUUCUAUCUUUCUAGAGUUUUAUAUGCUAUUUACAAAAUGAAAUCACAGUGUAUUUGUCUAUCACGUAAAUUGUGUUAAGCGGCUGUUUGUGAGUAGAGACAUGUUAACAGGAAAGAAUAAAUACAAUACAACUGAUGUACAACUUUUACAUGUGCAAGUUUUUUUUCAUGACACCUUACCCUCCUGUAUUGUCUUAUCAAAUGAUAAUAUAGGAGGUGACGUUGUGCCAUGUUGAUCCCAUAUUACCUUGUUAGUAUCCAUCUAGUUUUAUUGAACAUGCGGAACUAAAUACAUACAUGUUUACGAUGAUGGGAUUUGUCAUGAAA